AACUGACUGACUCAUAUUAAAAAAACAUCAGUAUAGUCUUAACACCAAAUUAUACAUUUCUUCAAUCAAAAAAUGGCUUUCACUCCUCAUGAUCAUGAAUACUAUAGUCAUGGCGUUUUCUCCAAUGAAUUCAUCAAUUCUUCUCUUGUUGCUAAUAAUCCUCCUCUCCCACAAAUAUGCCCCAGCUCACUCUAUGAUCAUAAUAUUAAUGAACAACUAUUCAAUAUUAAUUCACUGUCUCAUGAUCAUUAUGUUCCACCAUCAAUUUCAAUGAUGCCAUGGUUCCCCGAGCGCCUCGGGGUUUCCGACAUGACGGUGCCAGUACUACUACCGGCAUCGUCUAAUUCUAGUGACUAUUCUUUGAAUACUACUACUCAUCAGGUUUAUGCAGUCGACAACAACAAUAAUAAUAAUAAUAAUAAUGGAUGCAAUGGCCAACACCACGACGGUUGUGAAUCUUGGGAUGAAAAUACUGAUCAUGGUUUUGAAUCCACCCUCUGGUCCCCUUGUCCUCUCGCUACCUCUAAUAAUUGGGGGGCUCAAAGGGAAACAAGUCCAAAAAUCAAUGAAACGCCGGCAAUGAAAAUCGGCAGGUACUCAGAAGAGGAGAGAAAGGACAGAAUUCUUCGAUAUCUCAAGAAAAGAAAUCAAAGGAAUUUCAACAAAACUAUUAAGUAUGCUUGUCGUAAAACCCUAGCAGACAAACGUGUUCGAGUUCGUGGAAGAUUUGCUAAGAAUAAUGAAGCCUGUGAUGAUGAAGUCCUCAUGAAGGGGAAUGUUAGAGACAAGGAUGUUUGCUGUGAUAAUCCAUUAAUCCAGAUGAAACAUGGCGAUCAUUAUAAUGAGGAGGGUUGGUUAGAAGAGGCAAUCACAAAUCUUAUGUAUAUACCUUAUAUAGGUAGCUCAUAUGAUGGAAGUUUCAUGAGCUGAUAUCAGUUCAGCCAUUUGUUUAUUACUCCCACUACUUAAGUCCCUAACUAUAAAGUUGAUGUACUCCAUUAUUUAUGAAUGAAUAGUUAUGGUCCACUUUCUUUAA